AUGAAGAGCAACGGACAACAUCGGCAUCAUGCCCAGGCCCCCUCCCCACCACAACGACACCCCGCACCCACAGCCCACCAUGCCGAUGCUGACCCCAACGCCAACGACUAUGUCUCCCUGGAAACAGAGAACGGUGGCGGUGGCGGCGGCGGCGGUGACGGCGGCAGCAUCACCACCGCGGAGAUCCUGUGGCAGAAGGGGGACGGCAGCCCCGUGCCACCGCUGGUCUCCCAGAGAGACACGCAGAGGGAGCGCAUCAUCCUGUGGGACGCCGACACGGACCAAUGCGAGGAGCUGGUGCACCUGGAGCAGCUCCGGCUGCUGGAACAGGAAGAGACCACAAGCACCACUAGCACCAAUAUCACCACCACCAGCACCAGCCACAGCAUCAGCAAUAGAGGUUAUGGACCAGCCGACACGAGGAGGGACGACAACAGAGACUAUGGUCUGUCUGUCGAUACCACCAGCAGCUACCAGCAGAACAACAAUAACCACUGGCGGGCCGCAGCGGGCAGCAUGGAGGAGCUGGAUUCCGGGCUGGAGGAUCCGGAUCAGCUGGCGUACGCCUCCGAGAGCCUGAGGAAGGCUCGCUCCAGCUCCGAGGGGAACGUGUUCGCCUCCGCCGGCCUGUCUGCCGUGCCCACCCUCAGUAGCAGCCUGGCCAGCGCCCUGGACGCUUCUGGCAGUGUCACCACCACAGCCCAAAGCGUGGCAGACCACUAUGCUGCCUACCCUACCUCAGCGCAUAGUCUCAGGGCUCGGCAGCAGCAGCAGCAGCAGUACCAGCGCCCCCUGGAGGUGGACCUGAACCACAACAGCAUGCCGCCUCAGGCAGGCAGGGCGGCCCAGGCCUACGGCCUCCCACAAGGCAACGCAAACAGGAAGCACCUGCCCAGCAGACUGGUGCCACCUAAGCAGAGAUUGGAGGAGCUGCAGCAGUGCAUGAGGUCCGACUGGAGGCAGGAAGCGGCGUCAGGCGCGCGUCAGGCAAACGGCUCCUCCUCCUCCUCCGGCGACCGGAAGAAAAGUUGCGACGAAAGAGUUCCGCCAUGCCGCCGGCAGCUCGUUCGGCCGUUCCUGUCCGAGAGCAAACCGGAGCACCCCACAUGGGCUCCCGACCCGCCUCCCUCCUCACACCCACACAACCAACACCAACACCAACACCAACACCAUGUCCCCCCCCACCCAGGCUACACCUCCGCUGACCUGUCUCAUGCCAACAGCAGAAACCAGCAUGUCGUCCACCGGGUAACAGGGUAUCAGAUGAAUGGCAGCUCCCAGGGGGGGUCAGCUCAGGGCUCAGGGUCACUAAAGGUGGGGGGCAGGCUCUCAGGACCUCCGCCUGGCCCUUCCAGUCUGGAGAGGAGGGCGCCCGUCACCCCGCGCCUGUGCAGGAGUCCCAGUGGCUCCCAGUCCCCCCCGUCACCCCGGGACGUGGGCUCCCCGCGCAGACACCCCCAAAUGGUCUCCGUCUCACCCCCCAAACCACACGUGCAGAGGGGCUACCCUGGCACUGGGCACCACCCUCCACCCCCAGGUGGCGUGAGCAGCAACAGCUUGCUGCGCGCCCCUGUCAGGACUGGGGUGGGCACGGGCAUCCCCAAAGGGCCCCUGCCUGACCACCGCCCCCCACCCCCCGGGACCCAAGACAACAGGUCCUCGCCACCCAAGUGCCCGCCCAAGCCCAAAACCGUGCGACCCAAGAUCAUCACCUACGUGCGCAAGAGCAAUUCGCCGGCCAGGCCCCCCGAGGGACCCCACACCCACCCCCACCACCCCCAGCACCACGCCCACCAGGUGUCGUCCCUGCCCUCCCGCCUGGGCUCCUCCUCCUGUGGUGGGGCCCCCGCCGAGUCGGCGCAGAGUCGACAGAACCCCCCGGCGCUUAGUGCCUCAAACCUGCUGUUUGACAAGUACAGACACGAGAUGCAGAGGAUGAUGACGUCAAUCUACACCCCUGACCUGAUUCUAAUGCCUGCCACGCCCAUGUUUUUGCAGGGGUGCAGAGGCCCGUCUCAUUUCGGGGGCAUGGCCCCUGGACACCUCUCAGGGCCCGACGGGGCCCCUCCGAGGGCCCUCAGGCCCCAGCUGGGGGUGGCAGGGGCUGUCAGGGGCCCCACCGGAACCACCAGCACGAAGAACCGCACGCCUCUCACAACGGGUCAGAACCAGCCAGUGCAGGCAGUGGUCCCAGCGCCCCAGAACACAGCAGGAUCCCAGGCUGAUGCCAAGAAGGCUUCUUCGGCAGGGCUGGUGAGCCCCAAGUCCCUGCUGCCUAAGCCCUCCCUGUCCGGCCUGCGCCCCCCCGGCUACUCCUCCCGCCUGCCCCCCUCCCGCCUCACCGCCUUCGGCUUCGUGCGGAGCUCCAGCGUCUCCUCGGUCUCCAGCACCCACUCAGGGGAGAGCGCCCGGAGUGACCCCUGCAAACCUGCCUUCCGUAACAGUGUAAACGACGAGCCGCCCUUCCACAGGAUCAUCUCCACUCCACAGGGGGGCUCCACCCGCCAGCCCAGUCUCCAGCCCCCCGCCACCCUCGCCCUCAAACGCCGCUCCCUCCUCCCUCCACCUGCCGCCGCUUCCAAGAAGGAGGUUCUGAAGAAUCCAGAUCUGGUCCGAUCGGCUGUCUCCUCUCCCAAACGGCUUGCGGUGGUCUCGCCCAAACCCCAGUCCCCAGUGGUCCCCAGCAGCAGACCCCGUCCUGUGGCCGCCAUCACCAGGGUGACGACCCAGAGCACCUCCCCUCAGAAGGAGCCCCUUCCCCUGGAGGAGGAGGAUGGGGAGCCCGCCACUCCACCGAAGAAGAAAGACGCCUCCCUGGCCCAGCAGCAGCAGCAGCAGCAGCAGGAGGAGGAGUUGCGGAGGCUGCAGCAGCGAUGUGAGGAGCAGCAGCUGCAGCUGGAGGGCACCAGGGCCGAGCUGAAGAAGACCACACUCGGCCUGGAGGCCUUCGCCGUCUGCACUCAGCACCUGUGUCUGCAGACCCAGAGUGCCAGUGAGAGGGAGAAGCAACUCUCGUUUGAGUUGGAGAAGAUUCAAGAUGAAGUUGUGUGUAACCGUGAGCAGUUGGAAUUGAUCCAGAGGGAGAAAGUGGAGCUUGAGUUGAGCUUCCAGCAGGAAGUGAGAGAGCUGCAGGGCAAACAGGAGGCGGAGCUGUCAGCUCUGGAGGAGGGGCUAAGGAGCCAUCACUCAGCCGAGCUGGAGCAUCUAAGAGCCGAGCACCAAUCAGAGAUGGAGGAGCUUAGGACCCAGCAGCAGGAACAGAUGGAUGAGAUGGCUGUCUGUCAUGCGUCCGCCAUGGGAGAACUGAAAGCCAUGAACAGCCUCACCAUGGCAACCGUUCAGGAGGAGCACACCCGCACCAUGAGAGAUCUGAGGAAAGCCCACGAGCAACAGAAGAGUAAACUUGAGGAGGAUUUCCAGCAGUUUAGACUCUCCCUGCAGGACCAGGUGGACACCCUGACCUUCCAGAACCAGGCUCUGAGGGACAAGGCCAAGAGGUUCGAGGACGCCCUCAGGAGGAGCGCAGACGAACAGAUUGUGGAUGCCCUGGCCCCUUACCAGCACAUCGAGGAGGACCUAAAGAGCCUGAAGGACAUUCUGGAGAUGAAGAACCAGCAAAUUCACGACCAGGAGAAGAAGAUUCUGGACCUGGAGAAAGUGCAGGCCCAUAAGAAUGUGGUUCUGGAGGAGCGGGUCCAAGUGCUCCAGCAGCAGAACGAGGAUCUGAAGGCGCGCAUUGACCAGAACCUCGCCAUCUCCAGGCACCUGUCGGAGGAGAAUGCGAACCUGCAAGUGAGCGUGGAGAAGGAGUCCAGCGAGAAGAAGCGCCUGAGUCGCAACAACGAGGAGCUAAUGUGGCGCCUGCAGAUGUCCCCCUGCGCCUCCCCCAGCCACCGCGCCUCCUCCUCCUCCACCUCCACCUCGCCCACCUCCUCCACCUUCUUCCCCGCCUCCUCAGAGAUCCCCCCGUACAUCUACUCCCCCGGCCCGGGCACCCCGAUCCACGGAGGAGGAGGUGGUGGCGGCAGCCCCGUUCACUUCUGCUACCCGGCGGGCGGUAGCACACCCACCCACCACGGUGGUAGCAGGCAUUGA